UGCUCUCCCCGCUGUGUGUUAAGAUCGUGUAACGAAAAAUCAACCAACAAUAAAGAAACCAUCGAUCCCUCCUAGAGUAUAUCGCAUCCAGCGCUCCUAAUUGGUGAAGAAUUAAUUUCUAGUUCAGUGAAUAAACUGGCAACUCCGACACCGUGAAAUUCUCCGCGUUUCCGUUCUCGGCGGUCUCUAUAUAUUCGUCCGCGGCGUUUCGUGUGUCUAUAUACGCGCGGCUCGUAAAAAUCAAAUCAGGUCGAGCAUAAAAGAAACGUUAACACGUCUCGAGAACUGCUCCGCGAUACUCGAGGCACGGCUCAUUAGCCGCUCGUCGAAGGCGAAAGCCGGUUGAUAACGUUAUCUCGGCCGCGGUAAUUGCAAGCUCCCUAUCAAGACCGCCGGCCAUUGUCGUGGGACUUCGCGGGCCGACGACUCGCGCCGAUGACCGCUUCGUCAACAGGUGAUUCCGCGGUAACCGCUACGAAAUAAGAGACAUCGCUCGAACGAAGCUGAAAGAAGGGAAGCUAACCGGAGACAGUUCGGCCGAGGGAAUUCUGGAUCACGGGACGGCGUAAUAGCCGGACGUUUUUCGUCCCGCUGCCUGAUAAGGUCACGCUCGCGUGUGCCAGGAGACAACGGAGACGUGAUAACGUCUAAACAGAGAGUGGAAAGGGGCCUGGCACUCGUCUGGCGCCUUGUUCCUCGCUAAAGUGACACGUCGCCUUGGCCAAUCAAACGGACAGACCGUCUGAACCGAACGAAUCGGCUGCCCUCCUUCUCGCUACCGUGCGUGCUCCGUUCGUUGGCCCCAUCGGUUCAAUUUCGGGCCAAGUGGGCGGUCUAACCAGCGCAACAGUGAUCCACACGGGACCUAUCUUUGGAAGGAAACUCGAAGAGAGCGAGAGUUUGUGUUUGUGUGCACGUGGAAAGGGUCGACCGUGCCGCGAUGACUUGUCGGGAUUGAAUCGAGAGGGAGAGGCACCGGAGGAUUUCGUCAGGAUGAUGAUGGCACCGCAGGUUGUGGGUGUCCUGCUGAAGAAACCGGGACAGCAGAGCCACCCACGGUUUCCGCCUCUGGACCCGCAGGAAACGAAAAUCAGAGGCGAGCUGUACGUGGAGGAUCUAGGCGAGAGGCGGGUCGUAUCCAUCAGGAUGGGUUGGCUGUGGGUCGAGGGUACGCCGAUGAGGCUACCGCUCAGGGCGUUGAACCUGCGCCAGGCGGCACCCAGCCUGUGUCAACCUCACGCGUUGGCUCUCGGUUUUACCCUGAGCAACUCGCAGGAUCAUGCUCUUGCCACAUUUUGGGCAGACACGGAACCAAUCUACUGGUCCUGGGUGCGAGCGAUCGCCGCGGAGCUGGUCAGGCAAACCCCGUUUCGAGCGCAGCGGUGCUUGAACUUCCUGGAAAUCCUGACCAUAUGUCCCAGAGGGCCAGUUCCUCUGCCAGACAGUCCCACCGAAUCUCGAAGACGUUCUCGAAGCGAGUUGCGCUGUUGGCCAAGCGACUCCCCAACGGAAAAAGACGUUACAAAUCCGGGAACAAUCCUGGAGGACUCUAGAAGAAGAGCGAGGAGCGAGCUGCGGGGCUGGUCUAGUAGCAAUUCCAGCGACGAGGACCUUCUAGGCGAGUUUCGCAGCAUACCGGCGAUAAUAACGAAAGAGCAACCAGUGACCAGGACCUGGGGUUGCAGCGAGAGCAGCGAGGGUAGCGACGACAGCCUCCCUUGGAGCGGAGUGUGUCGAUCGAGCGUGGACUCCGUGGACUCAGCAGUGUCUCUGCCAGAGCCAGAGACUAGGGAGCAGAGGAUCCAGCGGUACAAAGAAGCUAGAAGACGGGAGAACGAGGCUAGAAGCAGAAGAGUCGUAGAAGAAGAUGCUAGGAGACGGAAAGCGAGAGCUGAGGAGAACAACAACGACAUCUUGAAGACCUACGGCUCGAGCAGGUCUAGGAGCAGGAUCUAUUCGACGAACGACAACGAUGAUCUCCGUCUGACAUCCAUAAGAAAGGACGACACAGACACUUCGAGAUUAAAGAACGAGAAGAACAUUGGCAAUAGGCUGCCACCAGUGAAGCCUACCGAAUCCACAGUGAGAUUCGAGGAUGACCAGCGGAAAGAGGACGACAAGAGGAACAACAACAGCCCUAAAAGCGGGAACGUGAGUCCGGGAAUUCUCAGAACGGACAUCAGCGAGAGGAGGAGCAGAGCCAGAGAGAGAAGAGGCAUCCGGGAGAAGGGGCAGCUGCUGCAGACCCAGCAAUCCAGUAGCACCGCCGUGGAGACUCUUCAGGAACGCAAGGAACGCCUGGCACAACUGUCCUCCAGGAUCCCGGUGCCGCGUCAGACGUCGCAGAUCUCGAGUAAACUCCCAGAAAUCAGCAGCUCGACGGUUCAGCAGAGGUCCUCGACCUCGCUGACCGUGUUGACCGAACCCCCCUGCGAGGAGGACGUUGCUAGGCUGCUGGAACGGUGUCAGAGGGUCGAUCAUUAUGUCCCGGUCAGGGAGAAACUGACGCUGUUCGAGUCAUUGUCCAGAUUAGGCGGCAGACUGGCUAGGAGCACCGAGGAUUUGGGGAGAUCGGCGGCUAAACCGAGUCCCAGAGGCAAACAGAGGGCUAGAUCUCUACACGAUCUCAACAGGGGAGCCAGGGCAGUGCCUGUCAGGGAGAUGUGCAGGUUCUUCGAGGGCGACGUCGAGAACGAUUCGACCCAUAAGGCUGCUUCUCUUGCCAAAACGAGGUUCAGCGAUCCAGUGACGCCGACUAGGAGCACGUGGAAGGACUCCGGGAGCUCGAAGAGCUGCGAGGCGCCCUGCGUCAGGUCAUCCGCGAGGAAAAAACAUUAUUUCAAGUAGUGCUCGUGUUAGUGCACGGUUCUUGUCCUGGUGAAUCCCCCUUCCAGCUUCGUGGACACUUCAUGAACUCGGAUUUCGAUUUGUUGGGGACCGUGUGCUAGUGCUGGGCUCCUUGAGUCGAUGCUUUCGUUAGACUGCGGAUUCUACAGGAGAAAGAAUGUUUUAUUAGCGUUCGAAGUAAAAAUUCCUGUAGAACCUUGCAUAAAAAUCGGCAGUCUUUUGAGAAGCAGAUGAACAGCUUCGAUGUUUUGUAGGAAGAGAAUUACCGAGGAAAUUGAGACGCAGAUUGGACUGGUUCGCGGAGAUACCGUCGGUGUUUUGUUAGCCGCGCGAUCGAAAAUAUAAAGUAGUUUGUGUUCUCGGGCUAAGUAGAAUGUAUGUGACCCACGUUUAACAUAAAACACUUGAAAGUGGAUGAAUUUCUGGAAUAGUAAAAUCCGAUGGACAAGUGGAGCGAGUUUCCGCAGUUUAUCAACGCGAGCUGGAAAAAAGAAAGGAUCGGACAACCGUGUUUGAUACAUGCCAGAUCGAACGUCUAUAAACGGGUGUAACAAAACUUUAAGCGUAUCUCCGCAAACCAGUUCAAGCCGCGUCUGAAUAUCUCCGACGGUUCUUCUUGUUUUUCUAUAAAAUAUAUCGGAACUGUCUAUUCCUUUUUUGCAUCGGCUCUGUAUUAUCGGUUCAGACUCGAAGCAGCUUCUCUGCUGGCCACGGUGAAUCGUCGCACUCGUGUCGGGAGAAAGUCGCUGCCCGGAGCAGCUUUUUUUCUCGCUCCGCAGGAUUCGAACUGUGCUCGAUUCUCGAGACGACCGAAGUCCCAGUCGACUGUUAAACAGUCCUCGCGGAUCGAGGAAUCUGAUCGCGACGAUUAACCCCUUGCCUUGUCCAUCCUCCUCGCCCCUAGAAUAUCGUACGAAACAAUCUCCCGAAUGGCAAAGAAACUCCGCAGACCCGACUAGAUCUUAUUAAAUUUAUAAAUGUACGUUUACCCUAAAUGUUAACACUUAAACGCUAAUGGUAAAAGAAUAAUAAAAAAAAGACUAAAAUUCAUAUUUACCGGGUUCACUAUUGGCACCGUCGUUGUAAGAGGCAAUGGGGUUAAAAACCUUUCGUGUUGAUACAUGUUCACACUGUUCAGUGUUUUCUAAUCUUGUACAUUUCUGUUAUUUAUUUCUGUGUUUACGUAGAAAAUUCCCCGCCUCGGGAGGCGAGUCCGUGAACGUGAUCCGACGGCACGGGGAAAAGAGCGUGCGUGUCGGAUUGAAAAAUGAAAAGAACGAGAAAGGAAGAACGACAGAGGGAGAGAGAGAGGGGGAGGGAGAAAGAGAGAGAAAUAGAGAGAGGGAAUCGGAGAAACCGGUAAUUUCCAUUCACCGAGAGCGAUCGCGCCGUGAUCCUGAACACCUGUCGAAUGCAACUCGAAGACGGUCGAACGCGUCUUAACCCCUUUAUUUUCGGCAACGCGAUCGUGUUUUCGAUUGUCGGUCGGGCGCGCCUCGGUUUCCGCUCUCCUCGGUGUAAUCGAUGAUAUCCAAAGAAACCUUAGCGGUAGAAAUUACAGGCUGCGAGGAGGAGCGGCGAUCGAAAAUCAAUUUUGCUGACAUAUAAAAAUAAUAUGAAGUAUAGAUCGUAAAUUUAGCGCAUUCAUCUUGCUCGCGAGAAUGCUGGAUAGAAUAAAGGACACGGUUUACCUUUGCCCGUCGUUUAUGAAUAUUUGUUAGGUCGUAUGUUUGGUUACGGGAAUGCGUCAAUGAAUUUAAUAAUCCACUUCGAUAAAUUAUGUUUCUUUUAAGUGGACGACACGUUUCAUUCCAAUCUAAUCUGCAAAAUACUCGUGUGACAAUUAUCGGAACAGCGUAUACAAAGGUUAGGUUCUUGAUAGGAUUGAUAAAAUUGUUGAUUAAAUGAUUGAUUUUGUAAAUAAAUGGUACCUGAAUGUGUUCGUGUAGAGAAAUUGUAAAUAAUUAGUCGAAAUGAUAAAAUUAUAAGGGGUAAUAACGCGGCUUAUCGAACGAAUUUCGAGCAUCCGUUUCGAGAGACUAAUGUCGACUUCCGGUCGCUUCGAAUCGGGACGAUCAUUUCCGUUCCUGUUUCCCCCGCACGCACUCUCUCUCUAUUUCUCAUUCGUCCGUUCCUCUUUUUCUCGUCGCGAGCGGUCCAUCAGCCGCGUCUCGUAAAUUUCUUGGGUAAUUCGCGCGAACAAAAUGGCGGCGAAGCUGAACCGAGAGAUGAGAAGGGUGAAUGGUGACGGACUACGAUCGAACAGUCGUACUUCCUGAACAAUAUUGCGGUGACGAUGCAAUCAUCGUUCCGUUUCGUUUCGAUGGAGAUCACGUUAGUUAUUGUUACAUCGUUGUCACGCGGGUGACGGCCUCGAGGCGUGAGUGUUACAAGAAAAGAAAAAAAAGAAAAGAUUAAUUAUGUUGUUCCAACCAAGUGCCAAAAACGGAAAGAAAUGAUGUUACGUUUCUCGCGAAACUAGACGAGCUUGUAUAAAAUUAAAAGGAAAAGUAUAUAUCUAAUGAAUAUACGAUACUUGUACAUACUUCCUUUGUUUCUAGGAUAGACUCGACGAGAAAUAACGAAUUUCCGUUAAAAGAGUUGAGAAAAAAAGAACGGUCUGAAGAUUCAUUAUUUAUUGUAUACACGCGUAAAAAAGUUACGUUACCGAGUUAGUCAUGUUACACGUUGAUUUUACCAGAUUCUCGAUCAUCAUUUCUUCUUUCUCUGUUUUGUACGAUAAAUCGAACACAGUCGAGCGAAGCUUCAUAUAUUCGCUGAUCGAAGAAUGUUCGCCCCUUAUUUUCGUACCGUCGAACGGAUGUACGCGUUUAUAGAUAUGCAUAGAAAGUAUGUACAAUCGUGUGACAAUGUACGACCUGCGAAUCUGUGUGCUUUAUGUGUAAAAAUUGUAACCCGACGGAUGUGUAAUCGUACGAAGACGUGAAUCACGAUCGCUGACGGAUGCAACUGUUUUCGAACGGUGGCGGAACGAUCGAAAAUUGCCUCGAAAUUCUUCGAAUUAUUCACUUACCUAACAUUUUUACCUUUUAAACUAGACAAUUUUCGAAAACAAAGCUCAAUCUCUGCUUGAAACCCUUUCAUCCAUACCAACAAAGCAAACCUUCAUCGAAAAAAUAACAAAUCAACUUAUAUCCCUUCCAAUAAAUUCAAGUUCCUGCUAAAAACAAAGCAAAAUUUCCACUUAACGUUCCCAAACUCAUACUUUUUCACGUCAAUAAUUACACCAACGUACAACAGAAAACAUUCGAACAUCGAAGCAAGAUUCGAUCGCGAAACCCGCAAGCAAGCCGACGACCGUACAGGGUGAAUCAAGGAACAACCCCUCGCGCCUCGGAUACCUUAUCUCCGUUGCCACUCCGACCCGGAGGAAACGCGAUCGCGCGCGCAGCCUCGUUCCGGCAGAGGAGAAGCGUGUCUGUAAAAAUCGUGUAAUUCCGAGUGGUCGGACCGGGAGCGUCAGCGAAGGAACGUGAGAAGUCAUCCGAGGGGUAAGGGGGUUGCCGGUGAGCCGGUGAAAAAAUGGAAAAACUCGUGGCAGACAUUGUUGUUCUGCGGAAACCCUGUAGAACCGGUCGAUCGCCAAAGAGGUACCUCUAGUCCCUCGGAGAAGAUCCGAAAAGGCCCUUUGCCCCCUGCCCCCUUGGCGCUUCGUGACAGCAACCCCUGAAGAAUCCCUUGCAAUACACGUGCGAUCUAU